GUCAUAUAACAUCCGGCUCGGGUUCCGCAUGAAAACAACAAAGAUUGAAGCGACGUGUCUGGAAACCAUGAUGGUUACUUCGCAGAAGUUUUCAGUUUUCUUUCUCUUCCUGAUGCAUGCCACUUACCUCUUUCAUAACGCUCAAGCAGACGUGGUCAGUGAAUGUACAAAUCAUACAACUUGUAGCGAAACCUACGGUGAUGUUUACAACACCCUAACAUCUCAGCGAAAUUACUUCAACAUCGCGCUUGCUCUGUAUCCCUCAAGGGAGCCGUCAGCUGUUCUGGUUCAUGUCAACUUGUCUGCAUUCAACCGAACAGAAAUCUCUUCACCCAUACUGUACACGUGGAGUAUGUCAUGCCUGUACGCUGCCAUCCCUGCUAGAAUUCUUGAAGUCCUAUCCCUCUGGUCCAUAUUUGAUACAUAUCGCUCACGAGAAUUACAGAUCUCAAUUUUGCCAUUCUGCUGCAAUGUUUCAGAGAAUGAGCGAUAUACAAUCAUCCAAAGGGCCUUGUCUGAGCUUCAGGACUUAGCUUACAGUCCAACGAUCCAAGAUCCAACACUUAACACAGCUGAGUGCAUUACAAAGGGUCAUACUCCAGACAUAUCCACUUUAACAGAAUCUCGUCAAUAUUACAUGGUUAUUGUACUUCUAAUUGGUUCGUUUGGUUUCGCAUAUCUGUCUGGUCCAUUGUUAUCCUUUCGAGUUUUCAUAUUCUUCAAAGAAGCAGCCAGGGAGGAUGAUAGUAGAAAAAAUUUAGCAAAGGCUAUUGAAGUGGCAAUUUACUUGUUAUUGUUAGUAGAGUUUGGGCUUCAAAUAACAGUUCUAACGUUACUGGCGCAAGGAAACUCGAUAGUUCUGUGGUGCAUGUUGGGUUUUCUUGUUGGGCUCUCAAUUACAGGGAUAGUAAUUGUUCCAUUAGUUACUCCGACGACUUUUGCGUUUAUCCCAGAAAAUACAUGUUAUGGAUUAUGGCAAAGAUUUUGUAUCUUUGUGUGGGGGAACCUCACUGCGUUUCAUUUUUGCUGGCUUGCAGUUGGAAUAAUGCUUAACACAUCAUGGGGUCUUCUUGUUCUACUCGUUAUUUGUGUUGCCAUUUUUGCCAUAGUUUACCCAGUCUAUCACCUUAUUUGUACUAAGUCAGAAGCCAAACUUGUUAAGUUCAGGUUUGCGUUUCUCUGCAUAAUCUUUUUACUUGCUGCCCUCUUCCUGUUCGGUGUGGUGAUGACAGCUGGGCUAUUCUAUUUUGUGAGAGGGUCUGUGAAUGAUUUGUUUAAAACAGCUCUGAUGUAUCUUGCUGUCGCGUUUGUUACCUGGAUUUUCCCAAAGGAUCAGGAAAAAAAAGAAAGCAAGGAGAUCGGAACUCUUUUGCAGAAUGAAUCGACAGAAUUACAAAAAAUCAUCACCGAGACUAAUCUCUGACUUAUGUUUGAAUCAGUGAAAAUUACCAUAAAAGUGAUAGCUUUUUAGUUUGGAAGACAUGAAGAAGCUCACGGCUCUUACAAAAAUUGUUUAGUUUGCUCAAAUGAUCCUGACAACCAAGGCAUUUAAAGUAGCGAGAUUCGUGUGAUAUUCAAGCGUUGCCUUUACGAAGCUUAUAGUUUACCGCAUCUAGGGUACUGUGGUCUCACACUUCUUAGAAAUGGAAAAAGCAUUGUUAAUAAGCUAGAAUAUAUUAGUCGUCAGAAUGUGCUAAAAGGUAAAUAGCGUUGAAGGCAAGCUCUGUUUGGUUACUCAAACUCCGAAUAUCCUCUGCUAUUCACCUCCGAGCAACUCACACGCGGCCGAAAAUAUUGUACCGAAUUUAUCCGUUUAUAAUACGCACUGUAUUUCUAUAAAAAUAACCAUCAAAAUUGCGGUGCGUAUUAUACACGGAUUCUAUUGUUUGUUUGACUUCGUCUCGGUCCAUAAAAAUGAAAAAAAAAAAAAAAGAGCGAUCUUGACCUCCCGCCUGGUUAAUAUCCCAUAUAUACUAAAAGAACUAUUCACCUUAGAUUCGCUGGCCAGAGAUGGAUAUUAACCUCACAGUUUCGCGGCUCGGUACGUAAAUUCAAAACUAGACUUCUCCACUAGUUCGAUGAAUACUUGUUAACUAUCUUUCAAGGUCUAUACAUGGCUAUCCUCAAACAAUUUCCUCUCAUUUCCUUUUAAAGGCAGUUGCCAUAAGUUCACUCAAAGUAUGUAGGAAGUACCAUUCCCCAGUUAUUAUUUAUAAAUGUGUUGACAUAAGAGAUGUUUGCAAGAAAUUUUUAGUCACCGAAACGAUUUUGAUCUAUGUUAAUCCCCUAGCACUUACAUGAAUAUUGGGUAGUAUAUGGUAGAAUUCGGUAGCAUAGACAGGUAAAAACGAGCGAUAUAAUAUCCCGACGUUUCGGCGACUUCUUGACGCCAUUUUCAAGGGUACAAAUG